GAGGGACGGAUUACCGAUGAUCGUGCUUCUCUUAUCACUGUGUAAAUAUAGUAAUUAAUUUCAAGGGUAUUAUUUCUGCGAAAUACCCAAGCGCGUGAAUGGGUGAGUACAAGGAGACAAGUGGGAGGGAAUGGUGUGCACUUUCACGCUUAUAAAGAAGAAGCCGAUAUGCGGAUGGCACACAUUUCAAACCAACGCGGCUCCAUCAAGUUCACGAAAUUUACCCGCUUUAUUUUACGGUACUUUCGGGAUUCAGUCAACAUUGAGAGGCAACAAUAUGCUGAAACACGCGACAUUGUUGGCAAUAUUUAUUGCUCUUGCACAUGCACAACGUCGACCCACAUAUGCAGGCGCAGCUAAUCACUUGCCCGCUGUCCUUCCUCAAUAUCUUGGAGCAAAACAGACGACCGGUGCACCGGUCGACAAUCGAAUCGGUGCUUCUGCUGCGGCAUAUCCAGCAGCAGAGAGCAAUCCCCCAGAGGCCAAUGGACAGUGGAGCAACAUUGACAUGAUAAAAACUUGGGAUGCGGACAAACAGCCCUUCUGGUACAAAAAUUGGCAACAGAUGCAGGAACACAUCGGGGCGCAAAACCUGGAGCUACCGACGGCAUCGCAGCAAUCUACCUCUACGAGUUAAUUUAUUUAUGAUCAUGACUACGAUGUAUUGUACAAAAGGCUCUUUUGUAUGGAUGAUAAUCAUGUGUGGAGAAAAUUAAUAAAAAAUGAGUAUUAUGUAAUCCUUGCAGUGUAAA